UAGGUAGUUUAUCUUAAGCGAUUAAUAUCUUCAUUAUGAUCUAUGUAAGCAAAAAACUGAACUGAGGCAUUUUAUCUUAAUCGAUUAAUAUCAUCGAUAAAUAUCGUUAUUGUUUUGUGCGCAUGUUGACGAAAUUCAAAUUAUUACUUUUUGUAAAUCAAUUAAUAUUUUCAAUGGGAAGAGGGAGAAAAAAACAUUUUCGUAAAGGUCGAGACUCUGGAAAGACAACUAGUAAACAUUCAAGUAAGGAUGGUGGUCAGAGACAAGCUUACAAAGACAUUGUCAAAGAUAAUGAAAACUUUGUGAAGUAUUAUAAAGUUCAAGGUAUUGUGCCUCCAGAAGAGUGGGAGAGUUUUAUGAAUUCAUUGAGAGAAUGCUUACCUACCACUUUUCGCAUCACAGGAUACAGGGGGCAAGCAAAGGCUCUAUUAAAUAUCAUAAAGGGAAAAUACUUUGAGGAUUUGUUAAAGAUUAAAGAUGAAGGACCUGAUUUUUACAAGCCAUUCAAUUUACCAUGGUAUCCAGGUGAACUUGCUUGGCAAAUGAAGUUAUCUCGUGUUGCUAUUAGAUCCUCCGAGAGCUUACGACAGUUGCACAAUUUUUUAGUUUCAGAGACUCAAACGGGAGAUAUUAGUAGACAGGAAACAGUCAGCAUGAUUCCUCCCUUACUUCUUCAAGUUGAACCUCAUCACAAAGUUUUGGACAUGUGUGCAGCUCCUGGUUCAAAAACUGCUCAACUGAUUGAAUUUUUGCAUAGAGAUGAAGGCAAAAUGCCAGAGGGUUUGAUAGUUGCAAAUGAUGUUGAUAAUAAACGAUGUUAUAUGCUUGUGCAUCAAGCCAAGCGUUUAAAUAGUCCAUGUCUGUUAAUCACCAAUAAUGAUGCUGGCAUCUAUCCCAACUUUAAAAUCACUGAAGAUGGCAAGAAAUUUAAUUUAAAGUUCGAUAGAAUAUUGUGUGAUGUGCCUUGCAGUGGUGAUGGUACAAUGCGUAAAACAGCUGAAAUAUGGACUAAAUGGCAUACUGCCAAUGGCAACAACAUGCAUGGACUGCAGCUGCGUAUCCUCAGGCGUGGGCUAGAACUUCUUGCUGUUGGUGGUCGCAUUGUAUACUCAACAUGUUCCUUAAAUCCUGUUGAAAAUGAAGCUGUCAUUUGUACUAUUUUACAAGAAACAAAAGGAUCUGUUGAGAUAGUGGAUGUUAGAUCUUUAUUGCCCGGUUUAAAAUCUUGUCCUGGUCGGACUGAAUGGAAAGUUGCUAAUAAGGAAAUGGAAGUAUUUGAUAAGUUUGAGGAUGUACCAGAAAAGAACUUGACUCAUAUCCGUCCACAUAUGUUCCCUCCAUCUGCAGAAGUAAUAAAAGACUUGCAUCUUGAACACUGCAUAAGAAUCCUACCUCAUCAUCAGGACACUGGUGGUUUUUUUGUAGCUGUACUUGAAAAGAAGGACAAACUUCCAUGGGAAAAGUCAUCUGAAAACGGUGUCUCCUGUGAAGAAAAAAGUCCACCUCAAAAGAAAAGAAAAGUAUGGGGGUAUAAAGAAGAUCCUUUUGUAUUUUUAGAUGAAAAUGAUGAAAUUUUUCCCAAGAUUAAAGAAUUUUACAAUUUAAAAGACUUUCCAUCAUCACAGUUGCUUAGCCGAUGCAAAGAAGGAAAGAAAAGGAAUUUGUAUUUAACAUCAAAGAUAGUUAAAAACAUCAUGGAAAACAACUUGGACACUUUUAAGAUUAUUAACACUGGAUUACGCAUUUUGAGCAGAAGUGAAAACAAAGACACUGUGUGCAUUUAUCGGUUUACUCAAGAAGGUAUAUCAACAGUUUUGCCUUUUAUGGGAGAAGAAAGAAAAGUGACCAUUGAAAAAGAGGAUUUGAUAACAUGUCUCACUAAUGAAUAUCCUGCCCAUUCUUUGUUUACAGAAAGCAUGCAGGCCAAGCUACCAAGCAUAGUGUCUGGCUGUGUUGUUCUUUGUUACACUGGGAAUGUUGGAAAAGAUGAUGAAUUCAAAGUUGAGCUAUGUGGUUGGAAAGGAAAUCAGACUCUCCGGUGUUAUGUUCCUAAAGUAGGCCGAGCACACUAUCUAAGAAUAUGUGGAGUUGAUGUAUCUGAAUAUGAAAUGAGAGAGAAAAAGAAAUUUAAAAUUAAGGAUGAGAGUGGAGAAAAUGUAGAUGAAGAAAUGCUUGAAGAAUCUGAAAACAAUGAAAUAAUAUCUGAUGAACUAUUAGAUUGUGAUUCAGACACUAAAAAUGUAAUCAAAAGAGCUGAUAAUGCUGUUAUAAGUUGACAAUUGCAAAUGACUGCAUCAGAAAACCAUGUACUGUCUCACAGAAUAACAUAGGGUUUUCCUAUGAGGUAGUAGAGAAAUUUCGCUUUGAUUUUGUUCAGGAGCUUAAUGCUUGGAGGGUUAAACAAACAAAAUGUAAUAUGAAGAGUUUAAUCAAAGAUUUAAUAAAAAUUUAAUAUGAUAAACAA